UUUUGUGCGUCCACAAAGAAGGAGAUGAUUUCAAGUUUUUACGAAAAGAUCGUGGGUACGUCGCCUCCACCUGAGCCCAAUGAACCUAAAAUACUUUGUGUCGGCCUGAUCUGCCUGGACAUUGUGCAAGUUUGCAAACAAUUCCCAGCUGAGGACAGCGAUCAGAGAUGCGUCGCGCACAGGUGGCAGCGCGGAGGAAAUGCUUCCAACAACUGCACCGUUCUAUCUGAAGCUGGGAAUUCGUGCGAGUUUUUGGGUACACUAAGCGCGGAGCAGCAUUUAAAUUUUUUACAAGAUGAUAUGCGCAAAUGUAAAAUAAACUUUGCACACUGCCCGACGGUGGAAGGAUUUGGCUGUCCAACUUCAACAGUCAUCCUGAGCCUUAAUUCGGGAAGUCGAACUAUUCUGCACUACAAUCCGAAUUUGCCAGAAUUGAGUUUGGAAAAUUUUGAGAAAUUAAAUUUGGAAGAAUAUAGUUGGAUUCAUUUUGAGGGAAGGAACGUGGGCACGGUUUUGUCUAUGAUCAAGCAUGUAGAGACGUACAAUAACUCGGUGAAAUUGGCUUCGAAGGACAUUAAAAAUCGUCUCGAUCCUGCACUUCCAAUGCCGAUCACUAUUAGCAUUGAGUUGGAAAAAUCUGACGAGCAGCUUUUGGACCUGCUGCCUUACGUAGACGUCACUUUCGUCGGCAGAACAUUUGCCCAAUUUAGAGGAUUUGACAAUAUGACCGAAACACUGAGAAGAAUAUCUCAGGAAGCCAAGUCCGGAGCAACCAUAAUUUGUGCAUGGGGCGACAGGGGUGCCAUGGCGCGUACGCCCGAUGGCCGAAUUGUCCAAUCACCUGCGUUCCCCCCACACAAGAUUAUUGACAGCCUCGGAGCUGGGGACACGUUUACCGCAGCGAUACUUUUUUAUCUGAACAGAGUCAAGCUACAGCCACCAUUGUCAAACAGAAACGACUCUGAUCUCGCAAGAAACACUAAAGGCGCAGAAGCCCAGUCAGAUCCGAAUACAGAGUUACAGUUGAACGAGGUGAAGCGUAAAAUAACACAAAAUUACAACAUCGAAAGCCUUGAAGUGAGUCUGACGGAGUUUAUAGAUUGCACUGUUUUGCAAAACGCCGUUACUUUUGCUUGCAAAGUUGCCGGGGCGAAAAUUGGGCUAACUGGUUACGAGGGACUUGGCAACGUUUUUAAAGAUCUCUUGAAAGAUUAACUUGACACCAAAGUUUACACGAUGCCAUGCGCACAAUAUGGGUGAAAGUACUUUUUUUAAUUUCUUUUGCACGGCAUCGUGCGUGGUAUACAGUAAAAUAGAUGCGCAAAGUGUUUAUCACUCUUUGUUGAAUUUUCAACUAAAUAUAGUUUAUAUAUUUAUAUAUCUGUGACAUAAAUACCGCAAGGAGAAAUAGAGAAAACCAUGCGGUUAGUUGGGCUGGUAGCAUAACUAUCGGUCCUUAGCUUAUCCAGCUGGGAAGUCAGUCAACUCAAUUCUCACGAAAUUCCGAGAGAUCGUACAAUUUAGCGAUAAUCUUACGUUAUAAAUCUGUGUUGUAAUGCACCCACGCGCGCAUGUACACGCACAAUGCUUGGUGAUGUGUAUAUACUUCCAUUGUUUCUUUAUAUACAUAUAUACAUACACACACACACAUAUAUAUAUAUAUAUAUAUAUAUAUAUAUAUAUAUUAAAUAAAAAAAAAUAAACGAUACAUAUGCCUUCGGCAAUUUCAUAAAUUCAUCUUAUACAUACGUAUACCUAUACUACACUUGGUUAUCGGAUAAUCCCUUAGCGUUGAAUGAUGAACAUUCUAAUUACUACUACUACUACUAUACAUCGAUUUACUACCAAGCACCGCGAGUGUUGGUAACUGUUUGGUGCUAGCAAACGAGAUUUUAAUUUUAAUUCGUUCAUUACGAAACUCUCACCGAUUUUCAUCUGUUUCUUGGCAGUAUGUUUGGAACUUGAAUAUUAUCAUUAAUCUCGAUCGUGCGUUGUCAUUUUACAACCAAUGCGUAGGUAUUAACAUGUAUAAAUAUGCAUUUUCAGAGCUUGCAAAAUUCGAAUACAUUCUUGAACCGUAUCAUUUCUCUACGCGUGUAAAAUUCGAACUUGCAUAAACGUCUGACGUACCGUCUGCAGACUUGGUACAAAGCUGACAAGACGUAUAAAAUAUUAUUUAAUAAUAAUCUUGAUACGUGUACACGAAUAUUUUCCUUAAAAAUAAAUUAACAAUCAUAUCUUUAUACGAGACAUUUAAGAUCAGUCUGCUUCAACACCGCUGUCCAGGAAGUCCCUCAGCAACAAUCCAACUUUGGUAGGGAAAUUCCU